CAAAAACAACUGUGCUAAAAUUGUCACCCCGCGCGGGUACGGCGAUUGUAACUUUAAUUUAUCGCCCAGGCUAGAUACUCGUGGUUUAGCGCAGAUAUGACGCUCAGACCAAGUGGGAAGGCGGUGCGGUGGCAGCGCGUCUCAGACCGGUUGUCAGGAGAUAACUAGCUGACAUCGAUCCAGGCAGUACUAAUCGCUUCCUCUCGCCAUCUCCCUUGACAAGCAUCCAAGCGCGUCUUUAUAUUACUGAACAGCAGAUCUGCAUUUUGACGAAUCUCUGCGUCCUACACCUCUCCGCUAGGGUUCUCUCCGGUUGUCCUCUUAUUUGUCCGCCAUUAUCAGCCCGCCACCACCAUGCGGAACGUCUUGUUCAUCGGUGUAUUUCUGAAAUCUCCCGAUUCUGCCCUGAAAUCUGCCGAUCCUGCUGCGAAAUCGAAUGCCGUGCAGCUAUGUGGCGAGGAGGAUCUCAGCGACUUUCGGUGGUAUAAGGGCACUAUCCGCGAAUUCAUGGUGACUUAUUGUGACAUCUUCGUGCAGCGUUCACAGCCAGGUGUGCCAAUGGCCAUCCGCCAGGAAGUACAGGGAGAGGGAUAUAACUUCCAUGUGUUUUCCCGGUCAGAGGGUGUGGCAGCUGUUACUAUCGCACGUCAGAGUUACCCUGAUUUAGUGGCACACAGUCUUAACAGAAAAGUGCUCGAUUCUUUCCUCACCAAAUACCCAACCUCAUCGUUCCAGGGCCACACUGCAGAGAGCCACCCGUUCGAUUUACCAGAGCUGAAGGAGUACAUUGUCACCUAUCAGGACCCAAGUAAAGCCGAUAGCAUUUCGAGGGUCCAACAGGAGCUGGGCGAGACAAAGCAAGUCUUACAUAAGACUAUCGAACAGGUCCUGGAGAGAGGCGAAAAGAUCGAUUCUCUUGUUCAAAAGUCCGACUCGUUGAGUUCUCAGAGUAAAAUGUUCUACACACAGGCCAAGAAGCAGAACUCUUGCUGCUCUGUAAUGUGAAAAGCCAGCCUUGCGCCUUUUCUGGCGGGUUAUGGCCCUGCAAGCCCAUGCUCCUGGUUUAAUGUCACCUUGGCUAGAUCUGUUUUCGUCCGUUCAUUUUCCUUUGUGAGAUGUUGCACCUUCUGUCUGAACUCACAUUGAACCAUCUGCUAGCACCUUUCUUAAUGACAUGCGUUGUCGGAACGUAUUCUCAUCGUUGAUCAACAUUACAUCUUAUCUUGGCCUUGCUUGAGAAAUGGAGACAAUAGGACAGCUACGAUCCUCUUGUAGCAUGAGUAACGAAAAUAUUUUGCCUCUCCUUCUUCCACCGACUUGCUCUUUCUCGCUGCUAUCGCUGUGUUAUGUCUCGCGGUUAUAUAGUAUACGGUCAGAUUGGAAUUGAAAUGUGCAUAUAUAGAAAUAUCUGGAGCGAAGCUCGCUGAGCUUGAAUCCUCUAGCAACUAGCUCAGCCUAUUUACCUCUAUGAGUGGAGCUAGAAAGGCGUGGGAGAAACCCG